AUGCCUCUGACCUUCUGCCCCAAUUGCAGCAAUGCGCUGACCAUAUCCAGGGGGCCUUCUACGUCCCAAUACCCCCUUGGCGUUAAUCGAUUCGAAUGCCGCACCUGUCCCUAUCAAUACAUCCUGGAUCGAACAUACUUCGAACGGACGGAGAUGAAGCGGAAGGAAGUAGCGGAUGUGAUGGGAGGAAAGGACGAAUGGAAGAAUGCUGAUAACAUGCGAGUGCACUACCUGCGGGGCUCGUUGGAGAGAAAAUUGAUUUCCGACUUUGAACCCAAGUCGAAACCACAGCCAAUCUUCACCUAUGAUUGUUCUCGCAUUAAUCAUGCUUUGGCAAAAUUCCGAACAUGA